AUGCCCGCGAACGAUGAUGGACCCGGACAGGUCAGGGAGCUACACUGGGACCAUUUCCCUCCCUCGAAUUUCUUAAAGUCCAAGUCUCGAAGGGUCGAACAAGCGUGCAUUCGUUGUCGCAGCAGGAAGGCCAAGUGCAAUGGCUCGCGCCCAAGCUGCUCCGGUUGUAGGGGCGCCAACGCAGCUUGCAUUUACGCAAGCCCUCCGCGGAAACGUGGCCUGACUGGAGGCUACGUACGGGUCCUGGAAACGCUCUGGGGGUCGAUUUUGGAAAGAAUCGAUGGAAGCGAGCACGCCGCGAUCAAGCUGUUGGAAGAGCUUGUUGUCGACCGGGGCGAGGAAUGGCGAAUGGAAGUGCUAGAGAAAUGGAAGAACAGUCGUCUUUUGCGGGAGGUCAACCGCCAACUGAGCAUCUGGGACACCCCUGAAGAGAGAGUCCAGAGUCAGGAAGGCAAGACGAAUGCACAGACGAAACAAGACGGGGCCAGCUCUCUACAGAAUCCACCCAUUUUCCAAUGGCGUGUUCCCGAAGAAACGCACGUUGAGAAGGACAGGGCAUCCUCCAGUCCGGCAGAGGUUAUCACGGUCGGAACCUCUUCCACCCUAGAUUAUCUGCAGAGCCACCGAUCCGAAGCCAACCAGAAUACGAAGUAUCAGAAGAUACACUCAAUGACGGUUGCCUCACCCUUGUUGCCCUACCACACAUCGGACAGGCAUCCCGAGGGCGUCCUGACAUUACCCGACAACACCUGGGAACUCCUGAACCGUUAUUUCACGUACACUCAUACUUGGUUUCCGAUCCUGGAAAAAAGCGACAUUUACAAGACGGCCCAGCAAUAUCCAUGCCCGCGAGAUCAGAUCUACGAGCACACCGCCCAGACUGGAGCACACGCGGCGUUAUGGGCGGCACUGACCUUGGCGCAGUUGCAAGAUGUUGCUAUGCCCUUCGACCCGCCCGACAUUGUACCAGCUGAGCGCCAUGGCAAAGCAGACACGGAAGCGUAUCGAACCGCUCGAACUUUGAUCCCGGAUGAGGACUAUCCCUGUGACCUGGGUCACGUCCAAUCAUUGCUGCUGCUGAGCCUGGCGAGCUGCAAAGCCGGUGCCUGGGAAAGAGCAUGGCAUUCAGCAGGACGCGCCUUACGGGCGGCAUACGAGGUCAGGUCGAAGACUCGGAAUGAGGGGUACGCAACGUCCCUCAACUUGUGCGGGAGGCAAAAACACGUUCUGAUGGGUGCCUUCAUUCUUGAUACGGUGAUCUCUGCUCGAGUCCAAAGACCAGCCCAUGUGAGAUGCCAUGACAUGGCCGACGCGGGCUUAGUUCUAGAAGAUGGGAUUGAAGAAUGGGGUCCGUGGGUGGACAUAUCAACAUGUCGAGGCCCGAAUGACAGCAACAUGAACCAGCAUCAGCCACUUCGUGUCGCCAGUGUUUUCAAUCGCCUGUUUGAACUGUCCUGCAUUCUUCACGACCUUGCAAACGACGGCCAGGGAAAAGAUGACGUCCCCAAGACCUAUCCUAGUCUCGUGCAAAUACUUCGAAAAUGGCUGACCAGCCUGCCAAAAGUUUGCACAGUUACUGGGUUGGAGGACCAUCAAUCCCAAGCACCGCCCUUACUUCCACAUGUACUCAACCUACAUCUCCUCUUUACGGCAAUUGUCGCGCAGCUGGAGGUCAAGACCAUGACAUUCUACCUGUGGCAAGAUUUGGUGGAUCCGACUUCUAUGCCAGAUCUGGACACUCCACCGGCGCAAAUCUCACUCCUCAAGAGAAUGUACGUGGAAAGAUAUACGGAAUCGCACUUGUUCCCACUCAUUGAUUUCGCCACCUCCAGAGCUCUCCUGCACCUGACCGCGUCCCAAUCUCUCUCUGACCCGAGGCAAGCAGCUGGAGAUAUCCUAGUGGCAGAUCCAAAUCGCAGGCAUCGAUCUUCCGCGGGCUUAACUCAUCAUUGCUCGGGGCGGCGCCUGGAUGACUCGCUGGAGCUGGGGACCUUUCCGGCCAAUGAGACAGUAUUUGAGGAUCCGGUCCAGGAAGAGGGGACCGGGGGUGUGACACGCUACCCAUGGGGACCGCGUGUGAGAUGUGUUGGCCCUGAUUUUGCCGCUGCAUUGAGCCUGGGUCAGGGCGGUGCUGCACACUCCUGGUCCACGCAAGCUGGCGUCCAGUCUGCCUUGAAUCGUCCAGCCGGGGACGAAGUCGGGAAGGGCCUGGCACCCACCACCACCAUUGGGCCCAUGACCGUGACAGAUGACUUUGGAAUUGGACCUGCCUUGCUCGGGGGCGCUGUGUCCUCUGAGUGCAUGGAUUAUUUUUGCGAUCAAUUGGCUGAGCUCGAUGAUUUCGUCUGGUGA